CUCUGUGCAUCUUUGAAAGAGAGCCACAAAAAAUAAAGCUGGGAGUUUUAUUUAAAAGCAACGGAGUGAAGCUCAAGAAGAAGACUCACAAGAAACUCUCAAAAAGGAGAUUUUCAGGGGAAACUCUUUAGAAAAGGAAAAGUCGGUGACAGGUGAAAUUUGCAGUCAGUUUUACAGUAACUGAGACAGUUUUAGGGACAUUUUCUUCUCCUUUUGGCCAGCAGCAAAAGCCACAGCAUGUCUCUGGAGGUGAAGGAGAAGACCCAGGUGCGUCUAGUGUUUCUGGGGGCAGCAGGAGUGGGCAAGACAGCCCUGAUCCAACGCUUCCUCCAGGACACAUUUGAGCCCAAACACAGGCGCACAGUGGAGGAGCUGCACAGCAAGGAGUAUGACAUCGGUGGGGUCAAGAUCACAAUAGAGAUCCUGGACACCAGCGGCAGCUACUCCUUCCCGGCCAUGCGUAAGCUGUCCAUCCAAAACAGCGACGCCUUCGCACUGGUGUACGCUGUGGAUGACCCAGAGUCACUGGAGGCAGUCAAGAGCCUCCGCGAUGAGAUUCUGGAGAUCAAGGAAGACAAGUACACCCCGAUCGUGGUGGUGGGGAACAAGGUGGACCGGGAGCAGGAGCGUCAGGUCUCGAACGAGGACGUGCUGUCAACUGUAGAGAUGGACUGGAACAACAGCUACCUGGAGGCUUCGGCGAAGGAGAACGCCAACGUGGUGGAGGUGUUCAAAGAGCUCCUGCAGCAGGCGAACCUUCCCAGCCGGCUCAGCCCAGCGCUACGCAGGCGCAGGGAGACCUUUCCGAAAGACACCAGCAUCCGGCCGCCCAUGAACAAGACCAACAGCUGUAUUUUGUCAUAAUGGGAGGAGAAGUGUUGGUUUUUUUGUUUCAUGAGGAGGUGAGAGCAUGGAGAGAACGUUGUGCAACUCAGUGCUGCUGAACACUCAGAAAGAGGAAAGACAGCCUGUUUGGCUUCAGUGUAAAGAGAAGAGCUGCCUGGCUGAGGUACUGUUAGAGAUUCUGGACCCACAAAGACUUCAGGGUUCACGACUGAGAGGAAAAGUAUUGAAACUUAACCUGACCAGACCGCCGGUGGAAAGAAGAAAAGAUCCAUUAAUCACUCAGUUGUUUACUUGAUGUAAUGUUGUUGCUGCUUAUUUGGUGACACGUUGCUGGUGUUUAGAUCAAUGUAUAGCUUUGCAUCAAAAUAUUCGACUGUUGCCAACAGAUUGUUUACUGAGAGGAAGUGUGUAUAUAUGCUGUAGUAUGUGCAAAAGUUGUAUGUCUUCUGUAAAUUGUUUUAAUUGAAUAAUUCAUCUGUAGCACAUCAUGUUUACAGUUUUUUUUAAUUAUUUUUUGCCAUUGAGCAUGACAUCAUUCUUAGGUUUUAGAAGAAGAAGCGGUGAAACGCAAAUGUUAACUAUUAAUGCACUUUCCAAUUUCAGAUGUCCGCUCGAAAUUAUGUUUUAGGUUGUUUUUGUUUUUUAUAAAUUAGAAUUUUUUCUUAUGGCAUAUUUUCACAAAUGUUACUAUGUUGCUGUUUGACAAAUGUAAGUGGAAUGUGGAUCUAAAUGUCUAAUAAAAGAAGCA